UCCGAUCGGUCCUAAGCAUCGCCCAUCGUUCAACGGUCCCGGUCCGAAGCAUCGCCCGGAGGCAAAUGCAAACGUCGUCGCCGUGGCAACGCAGCACUUCCGGCGGCGGUUUGAAUCCUGGUGACGUCACAAAGAUUUCAUAUCUUGGUAAAAGCUUUAAAUUGACCUCCCUCAGUAUGGAUCAAGACUAUGAAAGGCGCCUUCUAAGACAAAUUAAUGUACAGAAUGAAAAUACAGUACCUUGUAUAUCAGAAGUUAGGAGAACAUUAACACCAUCCAAUUCACCAGUAUCAUCACCAAGUAAAAGUGGGGACCGAUUUAUUCCAUCAAGAGCAGCAGCUAACUGGAGUAUAAACUUCCACAGAAUAAAUGAAAAUGAAAAGUCACCCAGCCAAAACAGAAAAGCUAAAGAUGUAACCUCUGAUACUGGCAAAGAUGGGCUUGCUUACUCUGCAUUGCUGAGAAAUGAGCUGCUUGGAGCAGGGAUUGAAAAGGUUCAGGACCCUCAGACUGAAGAUAGAAGGCUACAGCCUUCAACCCCUGAAAAGAAAAGUUUAUUUAAGUACUCUCUUAGCACAAAGCGUGCAAAUCCUGAUGAUGGAAAUGAUAUAUCUCCUUAUUCCUUAUCUCCAGUUAGCAAUAAAAGCCAAAAAUUGUUGCGAUCGCCAAGGAAACCUACUAGAAAAAUCUCAAAGAUUCCAUUUAAAGUUCUUGAUGCACCAGAAUUGCAGGAUGACUUUUACUUAAAUCUUGUCGACUGGUCUUCUCUAAAUGUAUUGAGUGUUGGUCUGGGCACCUGCGUGUACCUUUGGAGUGCCUGUACGAGCCAGGUGACCAGACUGUGUGACCUUUCUAUAGAUGGAGAUUCUGUGACAUCGGUUGGCUGGUCAGAGAGAGGAAACUUGGUAGCAGUUGGAACGCACAAAGGAUACGUUCAAAUUUGGGAUGCAGCUGCGGGGAAGAAAUUAUCCACACUUGAAGGUCACUCUGCCAGAGUGGGAGCGUUAGCCUGGAAUGCUGAUCAGCUGUCGUCAGGAAGCAGGGAUCGUCUUAUUCUCCAGAGAGACAUCCGCACCCCACCGCUGCAAUCCGAGCGGCGACUGCAGGGUCACAGACAGGAAGUUUGUGGUUUGAAGUGGUCAACGGAUCACCAGCUCCUGGCUUCUGGAGGAAAUGACAACAAGCUUCUGGUAUGGAACAACUCCAGUUCAGGUCCAGUACAGCAGUAUACAGAGCAUCUUGCAGCCGUGAAAGCCAUUGCCUGGUCUCCCCAUCAACACGGUCUCCUUGCAUCUGGUGGUGGAACUGCAGACCGGUGCAUUCGAUUCUGGAAUACCCUGACCUCUCAGCCUUUGCAGUGUAUAGAUACAGGUUCCCAGGUGUGCAACCUUGCCUGGUCCAAACAUGCCAAUGAACUAGUGAGUACUCAUGGAUAUUCACAAAAUCAAAUUCUAGUGUGGAAGUAUCCAUCAUUGACACAAGUAGCCAAAUUAACUGGCCAUUCAUACAGAGUGCUAUACUUGGCCAUGUCCCCAGAUGGAGAAGCCAUUGUCACUGGUGCUGGAGAUGAAACGCUCCGAUUCUGGAAUGUUUUUAGUAAAACUCGUUCAACUAAGGAGUCCAUAUCUGUGCUAAAUCUUUUUACGAGGAUACGAUGAUUUGAGGAAUAAUGUUAAAUGGGGGAGAUGGCAACAGUCCCAUAAAUAUACAAGAAAUUGUUUCAUCAUGCUGGCACUGAUUUUUUUCAUGUGGAUGGAUCUCAGAGGACUUUUUGAAGGAUCUUGCUGCUCAUUCCAAACAGCUCGAAUUUAAAAAAAAAUGUUUGCAAUUAUGUUUGUUUACAAAGAACUGUUUGAAAAGACUGCCAAAGGUCUUGAAUUAGGUCUAGUUAAGUGCUACCUUCGAAUUUUCUUUGUACAGUUUAUAUACAAAGCCAGCUAAUUUUCACUGUCAGAUUAAAAAAAAAAGUGAUGUGGAUAACAUUUUAUUUAGUGUUAAUUGUAAAUAUUUGGUUGAUGUAGGAAAUGUACAUUAAAUAUCGUUCUGUAGAAAUGCCGUGAAAAUGCUAAUCAAAGCUUGAUUAUGGUGAUAAGCAUAAUGCUUAAAUCGGAAUAGUGGACUUUCCUGUGUGCCUACAUAUAUAUAAUAUAUAUAUAUAGAAACUAAUGCAAAGAUUUUCAAAACAUUAAGCAGGAAGAAUACUUCAAUUAAGUAUUGUUGUUAAAAAUUCUGGCUACUGAAGAUUAACAUCAUGUUGAAUGACACAAAAUAGUAAUUAUAUUUUAAAUUAAUAAUUGGCUAAAAUUCUAGUACUGGUUAUAAGCAUUCAUUGAAGCAUAAACCUGAAAAUUUGCAGGACGAUUAAAAGGUCUUUCUGCUUAUAAUGUUGAAAAUACUUUUGUCUCAAACUACAAAUACAGAUGGGAAAGCACUUGAAUUUUUUAAACCUUGUCAGUGGCGACCAUUGCUAAAACUGUUGAUGUUUGUACAAUCUUUUCUUAUUUUAUGCCAUCUGUGAUCUUUUAUUCCACUGUAAAACUACUCUCGCUAUUCUGUAAUAGCAAGUGAAUGCAAUAGCACCUACUGAUGCACAAUGAAAAUGAGUAAAGAUGUUGAAAAUCUUUAAAUUGGUGUUACACAAUAUGACUGUAAAUUGUAAAAUCAGCAAGAUGACUUGACAAGUUUACUUAUGUACAAGACUUGGCUAAUACAUUUCAAAACAGGAAUUGUACAGUUACAUGUUGAUAGAAACAGGAAAAAUCCAAUACUGUA